AUGACCUAUCGAUUGACUGAAGAGACUAUAGGUUUAGUGUCCACACAGGAUGAUUCAGGAUCAGAAAGUACCGACUCUGACGAACGAGCCUCAGAUUGGGUGUCAUCGUUGGGUGAAGCCGAACGAACCAAAUCUUUGUUCUCUGAUGAGAUUUUGGACAAUGCUAAACUUGAGUUAGUGUAUGAUUCGGAGAAUCAUGGGUUCGAUUUGAUGAAAGAGUGCAAGAGGUUGGAUCUGGACUUUUAUGGACGUAUGAGAUAUGUGAAUCUCAUCAGGGCUGAGUGCCUAACUCCCGACCAAGCUAAAUCGCUCUCCGCUCAAGAUCCUCGACUGAAAGAUGACACCUUUCUCCAUCCGGUCAUCCUUGAUGAUCCUCUCUUACAGCUCGACUUUGAAGAUACAUGGUCUGAUGAAGAUUCUCCGGACGUGAGGUCACGAGAGGAAAUCCCUUCUGGCUCUUCAUUGGUCAAGGAAAGGGUGGAAAGCGAUGGAAAGGGAGAUAUUGAGAGACAAGGGAAAGAAAGAGAUGAUGAUACUCAUUAUUUCGAAUCUUACGAACAUAAUGACAUUCACGAAAUCAUGCUCAAAGAUACUGUCCGCACCAUGUCUUACGCAACUUUCAUCCUUUCCAACCCUCAAGUGUUCCGAGGGGCUACGGUGAUGGACGUCGGAUGUGGUACGGGUAUUCUCUCCAUGUUCGCCGCUCGAGCUGGAGCAGUCAAGGUCUAUGGGAUUGAAGCUUCUGCUUUGGCUGGGAAAGCAAGAGAAAAUGUGGAGAAGAAUGGUUUAGGGGAUAUCAUCACUAUCAUACAAGGAAAAGUGGAAGAAAUUUCUCUACCUGUGCUUAAGGUAGAUAUCAUAAUCAGCGAAUGGAUGGGUUAUAUGCUGUUAUACGAGUCCAUGCUGGAUUCCGUCCUUGUUGCUAGGGAUAAGUUCUUGUCAAAUACCGGUUUGAUGGUUCCUUCUCAAACGAGAUUGGUCAUAAGUGGUAUAACCGCUGAGAAAGUUUGGGCAGAGAGGGUCAAAUUUUGGAGUUCGGUAUAUGGAUUCGACAUGUCUACUAUGUCAGAUACGUACUUCGACGAAGGUCUUACAGAAGUUGUCGACCCUGAAGAAGUCAUAACCACGGAGAGUAUAAUCAAAGAUAUCAACUCUCAUUCGGCCACUAUAAACUCUCUCGAUUUUCAUUCCUCCUUCCAAAUACAUUCAGCUACGACAGCACCAAUCACCCUUCGAGCAUUUAUGGUACAUUUCAAUACUUUCUUCUCCCCUCUCUCUGGUCAAGCCUCACAUGUUUCUUCUGAACAUACCGUUGAUUUAGUCAAAUACGAGAAUACCAACAUCGCCGAACCAAUCCAUCCGCCGCAUGUUGACCGGGAAGGGAAAGUGGGAACGGAAGUGAGUUUCACUACGGGUCCAAAAGGAAGAGAAACGCAUUGGAAACAAGUAGUUUUUCUCUUGAGAAAUUCAAUCCUUCUUCAGCCAAGUCAAAGUAUCAUCGGUCAAUUUCAUUGUAGGAAAUCCCCUACUAAUUCUCGAGAAUUAGAUGUGGAAAUACAUUUCUCCGUAUCUGUGAAUGGAAAAGUAUCAGAGGGAAGUAUGGUCACUGUGCAGAGUUAUAAAGUUCGAUAGGAGGUGCAGCAUGCAACAUCUACAUAUCUC